GGCGGCGCAUCGCAGUUCAGUGGCUUCGGGAGCUGCGGAGCACCUGCGAGUUCGUGCUAGUUGUGCCAGGCUGCCUCCGCGCCGGCCCGACAGACCACACCGGCCCGCCAUGGGUGCUCCGCGCCGCUGCCUGUCCGCGCUGCUGCUGCUGCUGCAGGUCUCACCGUGGCUCUGCCAGGAGCCGGAGCCCUGUCGUCCCGGCUUUGGGGCCGAGAGCUACUCGUUCACCGUGCCGCGGCGGCACCUGGAGAGAGGCCGAGUCCUGGGCAGAGUACGUUUUGAAGGAUGCACUGGUCAGCCAAGGACAGUCUACUAUUCUGACAACACCCACUUCAGAGUGGGCACAGAUGGAGUGGUGAUCGUCAAACGGCCUCUACAGCUGCAUAAUUCAGAGGUGACAUUUCAUGUCCACGCCUGGGACUCCAGCCGUAGGAAAUUCUCCAUCAAAGUUACACUGAAGGCAGUAGCAGAAGGCCACCGCCACCGCCGUCACCACCAUCAUGACACUCUCUCUGGAAACCAGAUGGAAGUGAUCCAAUUCCCCAGCUCCCACCAUGGUCUCAAAAGGCAGAAGAGAGACUGGGUCAUCCCUCCCAUUUCCUGCCCCGAAAAUGAGAAAGGCCCAUUUCCUAAAAAUGUGGUCCAGAUCAAAUCAAACAGGGACAAAGAAACCCAGGUUUUCUAUAGCAUCACUGGCCAAGGAGCUGACACACCCCCUGUUGGUGUGUUUAUUAUUGAGAGAGAAACUGGAUGGCUGAAGGUUACAGAGCCUCUGGACAGAGAAGUCAUUCCUAAGUACAUUCUCUACUCUCAUGCCGUGUCUUCGGAUGGAAACGCCAUCGAGGACCCAAUGGAGAUUGUGAUCACAGUGAUGGAUCAGAAUGACAACAGGCCUGAGUUUACCCAGCCCGUCUUUGAGGGGUCGGUCAUUGAAGGCGCUCUUCCAGGAACCUCUGUGAUGCAGGUCACAGCCACUGAUGCCGAUGAUGAUGUGAACACCUACAAUGCCGCCAUUGCAUAUACCAUCCUCGACCAAGAGCCCAAGUUGCCUCAGGACAACAUGUUCACCAUCAAUAAGCUCACAGGGGUCAUCAGUGUGGUCACCACCGGACUGGAUCGAGAGAGUAUUCCCAAAUACACCCUGACGGUUCAAGCUGCUGACCUUCAAGGCGAUGGCUUAAGCACAACGGCAACAGCAGUGAUCACAGUCACCGACAGCAACGACAACCCUCCCAUCUUCAGCCCUACUGUGUAUGUAGGGACAGUGCUUGAGAACGAGCCUAAUGCCUAUAUCACCACGCUCAAAGUGACAGAUGCUGACAUCCCCAACACCCCAGCCUGGGCAGCUGAGUACACCAUAGUAAAUGAUAACCAGGAACCAUUUGUCAUCACCACAGACCCAGUCACCAACGAUGGCAUUUUGAAAACAACUAAGGGUUUAGAUUUUGAGACCAAGCAGCAGUAUAUUCUGUAUGUGGAAGUGAAGAACCAGGUACCUUUUGUGGUCCAGCUCCCCACCUCCACAGCAACCGUCACUGUGGAUGUGCAGGAUGUGAAUGAAGCCCCCAUUUUCCUGCCUCCACAAAAGAGAGUGGAUGUGCCUGAAGACAUAGGCGUGGGCCAGGAAAUCACAGCCUACACUGCUCAGGAUCCAGACAAGUUUAUGACACAGAAGAUAACAUAUCGAAUCUGGAGGGACAGUGCCAAUUGGCUGGAGAUUAAUCCAGAGACUGGCACCAUCGUUACUCGGGCAGAGUUGGACAGAGAGAACUCUGAGCAUGUGAAGAACAGCACAUACACGGCCCUCAUCAUAGCCACUGAUGAUGGCUCUCCUGCUGCCACUGGAACAGGAACCCUUCUCCUGAACCUCCUUGAUGUGAAUGACAAUGGCCCUGUGCCAGAGCCCCGAGCCAUGGCCUUCUGCCAAAAGAAUCCAGAACCUCACAUCAUCAAGAUCAGUGAUCCUGAUCUUCCUCCCAACACAUCUCCCUUCACAGCAGAACUGACCCAUGGGGCAAGUGUCAACUGGAGCAUUGAGUACAAUGAUGCAGCUCAGGAAUCUCUCAUUUUCAAGCCAAAGAGAACCUUAGAGGUGGGUAAAUACAAAAUAAACCUCAUGCUCUCAGAUAACCAGAACAAAGACCAGGUGACUACAUUGGAAGUGCAAGUGUGCGACUGUGAUGGGACUGUCAGCAACUGCAGGAAGGCCAUUGCAGUCGCUGCCGCUGGACUCGAAGUCCCUGCCAUUCUGGGGAUUCUUGGAGGAAUCCUUGCUUUUCUAAUCCUGCUCCUGCUGCUUCUGCUGUUUAUUCGGAGAAGACGAGUGGUCAAAGAGCCCUUGUUGGCCCCAGAUGAUGACACCCGAGACAAUGUCUAUUACUAUGAUGAAGAAGGAGGUGGAGAAGAGGACCAGGACUUUGACUUGAGUCAGCUGCACAGGGGCCUGGAUGCUCGGCCUGAAGUGACUCGCAAUGAUGUAGCACCAACUCUGAUGAGUGUACCCCAGUAUCGACCCCGCCCCGCCAACCCAGAUGAAAUUGGAAACUUCAUCGAUGAAAACCUAAAGGCAGCUGAUAGUGACCCCACCGCCCCCCCUUAUGACUCCCUACUCGUCUUUGAUUAUGAAGGAAAUGGUUCUGAAGCUGCUAGUCUGAGCUCCCUGAAUUCCUCGGAGUCAGACCAAGACCAAGACUAUGACUACCUGAACGAGUGGGGCAAUCGCUUCAAGAAGCUGGCAGAUAUGUAUGGAGGUGGUGAGGAUGACUAGGGGACUCACCCAAAGACAAAUAUAUUAAUAAGUUUUGGUUAUCGUUCAGUUCCCUUUGCUUCACAUGAAUUCCCAGGAGAAAGUGAAACAGGAUAGUUAUGUGUUUUUACUUGAUAGCUACAAUCUGAUUUGUUAGAUUUUUUACUUACAAAUCUCUUUCUUCACUUUUAGGACAAAAUUAUGUAAAGAUCCCCAAGAUCUUAAAGAGAAGGGUUUAUUGCCCUAUUGAUUUUGUAUAUAUUCAAUUUUUGGUUUGGAUAUUAGAACAUGGGAGGAAAAAAGGAUUCUACUCCGUUAUUACAGCAGACAGGAGUUUUCUGAUGCAGAAAUUACUGAGUUCUUUUAGUGUAGCAGGCCAAAAACCUUUCAAAGAUAUUUUGAUAUGGGCUUACUUUGGGUAAUGUCUUUCUAGGGUCCUUAAGCUCUAAAACGGACUCGAACAGAAAAGUGUGUCAGUUUCCACUGUCACUAAAACAAGAGUCAGAGUAGUGCACAAUGUGCUUUAGCCAAAGAUGGUUUGUCACAGCAGAGGGGACACAUGAAAAGUGAGCAGCGACUGCUUCCAAGAUGCUAGAAGAACCUCAACCUUUGUUUCCUACCAGAAGCCAUAGACAAUUUUUAAUCCAAGGAGUGGACUUCCCAAGUGCCUACCUUUGCUGAUGAUGUGAAAACCGACAGUAUCUUUUCCUUAGAAGCAAAAAGAAAACACAGAUCCAAGAAACGUAUUGGAAGGACCUUGAUUUGUAUCUGUUAAUAUCUAAGUUGCUUUGUCAGCUCUCCUCUAUUUUUAGAAGAAAAAGAUCCUUACAAUCACUACUUUUCACUGUCUUGAUCUUUUAGUACAGAAGGAAUGUCACUAGUUUGAGUGUGUGUGGGUGCUGAUAUAUACGUUUUUUAAAAUUUUCUUUGAGGGGUGGAAAACAGUUCAGGCUGAGAACUUUAUUCUUAAGUAUUCAUUUUUAUAAAAUUUAUUAAAAUUUUUUGCUAAUCCUU